UUUUUAAUUCUUGAUUUAAGUAAAUCGUGUGAAGUACUUAUAAUAAUAGUUAAGCGGAUGUCAAAAUAUUACAAAUAAGAGCUAAAUUGAUGUUUAGUAAAGUAAAUAGUAAACAAUAAGGUUAAACAAUGUGUAAUUAAUAAAAUUCUAAACAUUUUUAAUUAUAUCGUGGAAAUAUUUUGUAAGAAUAUUGAGAAUAUCGGGAAUAUGAAAAAUGAAAAGUACCACAAAAUGAGUAGAUUUGGUGUAAUAGGAAAAUUUUUACAUUGGGGACCACUUACUGCUUUAGGAAUCAUAAAAUGUGUGACCAUUGUUACAUUGUAUAUGAAUUCAAUGUGGUGGCCAACAAAUUUUUCAUUAGGGGGUAAAAUAAACCAAAGUUUAUUUCUAUUGCUCUCAUCUUUAGCAACUUUUAAUUAUAUAAUGGCUACAAUAACUGGACCUGGAUUUUUACCAAAAAGAUGGAAACCUCAGAAACCAGAAGAUGUUGAACAUUUGCAGUAUUGUACAGAAUGUGAAGGUUAUAAAGCACCAAGAUCACAUCAUUGCCGUAAAUGUGAUCGAUGUGUUUUAAAAAUGGAUCAUCAUUGUCCUUGGAUCAAUGGAUGCGUUGGAUGGUCUAAUCAUGCGUAUUUUACAGCAUUUUUAGCAUUCGCUGUAUUGGGUUCAAUUCAAGCGGCUACAAUUCUUAUAUUAUCAUUUUAUCAAGGACUUCAUAGAAAUUAUUAUUUAUAUCAUGGUUAUCCACCCUCAGCUACUGUUCAAUUUAGUGUUACUAGUUUAAUAUUAUGUAUAUUUAGUUUAGGAUUAGCAGUUGGUGUAAUUAUCGCUGUAGGAAUGCUUUUAUAUUUCCAAAUUCGUGCUAUUCUUUAUAAUCGUACCGGAAUCGAAGAUUGGAUUUUGCAAAAGGCGGUUUAUCUUAGAGCUAACAAAGACGAAGAUUUUAUUUAUCCUUAUGAUUUAGGAAAAUGGAAUAACAUUCAAGAAGUUAUAAGCUGGUCUUGCGCUCCAAUUGGAGAUGGCAUUACGUGGAAAGUCAGAGAUGGUUGCGAUCAAUAUACUUUAACGCGUGAGCAACUGGCACAAAAAGCUGUAAAACGUUCUAUCACAAGGAAAUAUAGAAUUAUGCGAAGAGCUACAGGUAGUUGGUUACCAUUAUUUUCCCAAGGUUUUCGUGUUUGCUGUUCACCGCCUUGGAGUGAUGAAAAAAGACUCAAGUUAGAACCUGGCGAUACAGUUUUAGUAACACGUUGGCGUAAACAUUGGUUGUUUGGAGAAAAAUGUAUGGCAGAUAUUUCAAAUGGAACUGAUGAGAACAAGAAAAAGCAUUGGAAAAAAUCUGAAAUUCGUGGUUGGCUCCCAAGAAGAUGUGCUGUUGAGAUUAUUGAAAAUGACGAAUAUGCAUCAGACAAUGAAAAAGAAAAGGAUUUAUAAUUGCAUUAGCAAACAAAAAUUAAGGAAUACUUCCAUUAUUAUUUUAUUUUCAUUAACUUUCUUUUAAAUUUUACUUAAAUUUUUUAAUUUUAUAAAAUGUUUCUUAUUUGUUCAUGGUUUUGAAGUACAAUGUUAAUAUUAAGAUUUUGGAAUUUAUUAAUGUAUAAACGAUUACUUAAGCCUUUAUAUUUCCUAUGUCUAUUCGAAAUUGUGGAACAAGAAAAGAAAACUUAGCAACAAGAACUGAUUAAAAUCAUUUUGUUAAUAGCAAUUUAUUCCAAUUUUUUACUAAUUGUUCAAAAAUAUUUAAGGUGAUACUAAAAAUAGAAAUUGUAGAUAACUUGAUA